UAUAGAUAUUGUUUCGAUUAGUAAGGUUGUUUAGCAAACGCGAACAAAAUCGAAUUUUGUAUAUAUUUCCCACAAUGUUCUUAAUAUUCUAAAAUGACGACUGAAAUGCCAAAUUUAAAUUUUUUAUAUUGUUUUAUAUAUUGACUGUUAUAUAUUGGUUAUUAUAUGAUGAUAUGCUUGCUAUGAAUUUUAGUAGCCAUAGUUAUAUAUUGUGGUAUAAAUUAACAAAUAUAUUAAAAGUAUGAAUUGUGACUACAAAAUAGUCCUAUUCGUUGUCUUAUGCUCUGUCGGCGUGUCCAGAUCUACGUGGCACCUGGGAGAAUUGAUACAAUGUGCCCAAGGUAAAGAAAUAAAGACGUUCUGGAGUACAUUAUGGACGCUCGCGAAUUACAACGACUAUGGUUGUUAUUGUGGAAGAGGUGGGUCAGGGACUCCAGUCGAUGCCUCCGAUAGGUGUUGCUACAAUCAUGACAAUUGCUACGACGACGUUGGAUAUCAAUAUGAUUUGUCCGAAUUCACGAUCUAUUUUGCAACUUAUUCGUACAAAUGCAACCGGGGGUCAAUCCAGUGCCGAAACAAAAGGGGAUGGAGAAGAAAGUUGUGUGAAUGUGACAAGAAGCUUGCUCUUUGCCUUUCAACUCACCGCGAUUCUUACAAAACAAAACACAUCAAUUUGGACAUUGAAAAACGAUGCUGAGCCUUCUCCUCCUUCUAGAUUCACCAACUAAAUUACGAUCACCAGAACAUUGUUGUUAACCAAACCAAUCAAAUUUAACAUGAAUUGCAACAACUGGAAAAUAAUUAUGACGUCAUUGUUAUGUGAUAAAGUGAAUUAAGUAAAAUCAAAUUAUAUCUUUCUGUUUUUAAAUGAGAAGAUGGAAUUAUUUACCCGGUGGGAGAGCAAAGUUUUCUCAAAAAGUCGGGGAUGACGAUAAAAAUUCACAUUUUAAUAUAUGUAUAUAUAUAUAUGGCUCUAUAUUCUGUAAUAAUAAGAUCGGUGCUUAUGCGAUGUCUCGAAAAUAUCGUGUCCCACUUGUUCCUAGUUUUCUACGUGUCUCACUUGUACCACGUGUCACACUGGUCCAACGUGUCUCACAUGCCCCACGUGUCUCACUUGUCCCUCGUGUCCCACUUGUACUACGUGUCCCUCUUGUUUCCAUUAUAUCGUUACUAUUGCUUUCGUUUCGAGGCCAAAAAUGUAUUGCUUUCGUUUCGAGGCCAAAAAUGUUUAUCGGGAGAAAUUUGCAUGCGCGGGAUUUUUGAGCGUUUAGUUUUAUCAAAAAUCAUGCUUUGACUAUAUUUGCACGAUUUAUUCAUCUUUGAUUCUGGAUUUGGCCUAACAAUCACAGGAAAUGGUUACCAAAACCCCGUCAUGUGGAUCGAAUUACCUUCAAAGAUACUCCAAAUAGAAACAAGCAUUAAAUAAUGUCGUGCAAUGAUCAAUUGGUAAUUUUUGGUCUCAGGCAUUGUUUAACUAUUUGAUAUCAAGUGAAAAAUUCUAUCUGGAUGACUCCAACUUCGAAGAAGUAGAAUCGCAUUAUAAAUAUCGCAAAAAAUUUGUAAAAAGUACCAAGGAAAUACAUCAGAAAUUUUUUUCAUGUGGAAUAUAAUUCUGCAAUUCGGAUUUAUUCGCAGAUGUGAGCGGUUUGCACUUUUUUUAAUCGCUUUUGCAGAUGGGUUAAAACUUUUGCUAUUCUUCCCGAAAUAUAUAAAUAGAAAUAUUA